UGGCGGGAAAGCGAGGAGUGAAGUUUUGUGAUUUGUUUUAUUUUGUCUAUUUAGUGUUUCUUCAGGUUUAAAUGUGUAAUAACGGUGGCUUAUUAACUGUUUUAUAUCUGUGAAAGUGCACAAAUGCGGGAAAAUGAAAUAAAGCCGCUGGACGUAACUUCUCGGGAUCCUUCAAAAAGUCCACUGAAAAAAUCUCAGUAAAUCACCACCAUUUUACAGAGAUUAUAUUUCAUCCCAUAUCAUCUCAUCUCAUUUCAUUUUAUUUCAUCCCAGUUGAUUAAUGUCUCAAAUUAAUCAUCUUCAUUUAAUUUCAGUCCAUAUUAUCCUUUUUCCUAAAAAUAAGAAUAUAUAUUAAAAUAAGACAUGACCUAAAAGUGUUAGUUACCAGGUCAUAAAAUCUCUUAAAAAAAAUGUCAUGUCAAUUCAUGUCAUUAAUGUUGUGGACAUCACAAUCAAUUCAUGAAAAUUAUAAACACUACAUAGUUAGUAGGUAAUUCACAUGUGAACUGUAAACCAAAUGUAGCUUAAAUCUAUGUCGAAAUUAUUUGAAAAUAAAAUGGACAACGACCAAGUAAACGAUUUCAUGCAUAAAAAUGGCGAUAUCGAAUGGCAGCCGUUAGCGCUUACUUUGGUUGAAUAUCCGAGAGGUGAUUUAAUUGGUAAAUUCUUUGCAUUCAUCAGUUUAUCUCCAUUCGGUAUUGGUGCUGGAUUUGUAACCUUAAUUUUGUUUCGUCGAGAUCUUCACACUAUAGCUUUCUUCUGUGGCACAUUAUUGAAUGAAGCAGUUAAUGCUACAUUAAAGCAUAUUAUUUGUGAAUCUCGACCAAUGACCAGAGGGAACUUGUAUAAUGAAUAUGGGAUGCCUUCGUCACAUGCUCAGUUUAUUUGGUUUUUCAGUGUAUAUGUUUUUUAUUUUGUUUUGAUCAGAUUACAUCACAUAAACAAUAAUAGCAUAAUAUCGGCCUUAUGGAGAGUUAUAAUUGUGAGUGGAUGUAUAUGCCUAGCUGGACUUGUCAGCAUUGGAAGAGUCUAUUUGCAUUACCACACCACUUCCCAAGUAGUGGUGGGGGCUAUUGUAGGAAUUAUGUUUGCAACUAUUUGGUUUGCACUGGUUCACAGAGUAUUCACACCACUUUUCCCACAGAUUGUUGCAUUAAAAAUAAGUGAAAUGCUAAUGAUAAGGGACACAACGUUGAUACCGAACGUAUUGUGGUUCGAAUACACGACGUCACGUCAAGAGGCUCGCGCUCGAGGCAGGAAGCUGGCGGCCCUGAAACCGACGCAAUGACGGUGCGAGAGCGCGCGCGUGUCCGCCGCCGGACGGAGACCGCGCGCGUGACUGUACUUCGCCGUCGCGGCAUUCGCACUGCUCGGCGGCUUGUUGCUAACCAACAAUAAACCCGGUCGCGGACACUGACAUCGCCACCGUACCUCUCUCAGCUCUAUAAUAUUACGACUUACUUUCUACAUAUUUAUCCUCCUCCUCCUUCAGUCGAUCAUUGCUGAGCAUCGUGACGCGCCCGCCUGUGACUUUUUUGUAAUUUGUCGGUCAGUGGCGCAGUGAAGUGCGUAACUCAGUCUCGUGUCCAGUGUGCUUAGUGCGAGUUUUUGACGUGACAACGUCUUAUAAUUCGAUGGAGCCGGCUGCACGCACGAAAAAACAUGACUCAUGCGGCGUUACCUCGCUCUGAGGCGUUCCAUUUAAGGCUUGAAGUGCAAGCGAGAGCGCGCAACGACAAAGAAGCACAAUCGGCCGCCGCGUUUGGCAGCAUUCGACAUCUGUCUCUCUCCUACUUGAGUGAGCGAUGCAUCCGCGUGGACAGCUGCUAUACAAUAAUACAUUUACAUGUUUUCGUCAAGUAUGAAGUUCAGUGAAAAGUGAAUGUGAUGUCAAUUGUCCAUACAAAAUAUCUAACAAACAAAUAAAAUUAAAAUUUUCUUUUGAAAAAAUGAAACCAUUCCAUCAGUACUUUCUUAUGACGUUGUCACGUUCAACUAUCGUCAGUAAACCGACUUUACAGACAACCGAUAUUUAUAACGUUCUCGAUAGCGUAAAAGUUAAAUCAAAUUUGUAUGGAGUUGGAACGUUUGCCUACGUUUUCCGCUAGGGGCGCUGUUUCAACUACAUACAGAUUUGAGUUACUUUUACGCUAUCGAGAACGUUAAGAAACUCGCACUAAGCACACUGAUGCUCGGACACUUGGUCACUCCAUCUCUUUUGGUUCCGACCUCUGGAUCGUCUUCCAUCCACUUUACCCCAUAUUUAUGAUGAUUACUUUUUUUUUAGCGAACCGGUCAAAACUGUCGGGAUCGUAUGCAAUUUGAAUAUUAACAUUAUUUUGUACUAAUUUAAUGUUGGAUUGUAUAAAGAAUGUGAAAAUUAUAAUUAAGCUUAAACUUUUAUAAAAUUAUUAUAUUUCAUCUGUUUUGAUAUACAUCGUUGAUUGUGUAUGCAGCUGAUGUUUCAUUUGGUGGCAAGUGGUUACCGAUGCUCAUAGAUAUCAAAAUGGGAAUGCUGCUAUUCACUACGCUACUAAAUUUUAUAGUAUAAUGGCUCUCGUAACCUUCAAAUCGGAAGGUAUGACUGCUUCGCAGCAAAAAUAGACAGGGUUAUUGUACUUAACCGUGUGAGCUUACAACAUCCCUUGCCGGCAGUAAUUACAAAAAUUAUAAUUCACGCAGCUUUGAUUUUUAUUUCGUGCUGCUAAUAAUUUAUUAUGGCAGUUGUUCAUGAACUCGUAACUACCCACGUAUUUCAUUUGCAUAAUUGUCAUGUGCCUGCGAGACUUAAACACCGGCAUAAUCACAUCGCAUUAUAACUUCUAAGUAUAUUAUACUGUUUUCUUUUUGUUAUAUAUAUUUAGCAUUCGGGGUCUACUUGUCUUAGUAAUGAGUUCAUUCUCGUUAUUCUCUCAUGUGUGUUUUGAGAAUGGACGCCAAUGAUAUUCUAGUUCGGGGGUAUUAGAUGUAUUUUUAUUUAUAUCGAUUUCUCAAAAUUUCAAUUCUAAAUGUUACGUUGAAACUAAGAAAGUCAAUCACUAAAAUUUACCUAUUAAUUUUCGUAAGUAAGUAAGAAUUAGAUUCCAGUUUUUUGAAACCAUACAAUACACCAUAAAACUAUUUUAUCAAUACUAAUAAUACGAAUGUGAAAGUGUAUUUGUUUGUCUGUCCUUGUUUCAAGUUGAAAUGAAGCAACAGAUUAUUUUGUUUUAAUGGCAGUUUAGGUCAAGAGGGUGACAUAGGCUACCAUUUAUCCCGAAAAAAAAAAACAUCUCAUUCUCACAACAAGGAUAUUAUUACCAGCUAGGAUUGGCAGUCGACUGUAGUUCGACUUUUUUGAGUGUUUGUGGACUUCGAACAUAGUCUUGUAUUGAGGAAAUGAUAGCAUUUUGUAUCACCACCACCCGAGUUCCUAUUUCAAUUUAAAAAGCAAUUAUCAUUAUAGUUGCCAAUCUUUUAUUACACUAUAUAGGCAGGCGUUUACAUUUACUGUGUGAUUCGGCCAUACCUGGAUUCAAAUACCCCAGUUGGUUAUUUUUUUUACUAAAUUAGUUAGAUACUCAUUUAUUAAAAUCCGUGGUCCCGCCCGUUAUAUAUUUGCAUAGUUACUGGUGGUACUGUGCACCCGCUCGAGUAGGAACUACCAUUCUGUCUCUGUUAUGUUUUCCAGUGAGUCAUAUAUAUAUAAUAAGAUUGGAUGAAUUUUUGAAUAAUGUAAAUGACUAUUGUUUCCAUGUAAGUUUGCAAUUGAGGUUCGUCGGAACAAGAAACUUUUUACGUGCUGUUAAAUCAUCCAUUAAUUCACAACUACUACCUAUACUGGAGGUAGGACUUUUUGUGAGUCCGUGCGGGUAGGUACCACCACCCUGUCUAUUUCUGCCGUGAAGCAGUAAUGCGUUUCGGUUUGAAGGGUGGGGCAGCCGUUGUAUCCUUGAGACCUUAGAACUUAUAUCUCAAGGUGGGUGGCGCUUUUACGUUGUAGAUGUCUAUGGGCUCCAGUAACCACUUAACAUCAGGUGGGCUGUGAGCUCGUCCACCCAUCUAAGCAAUAAAUAAAAACCUACAUAUGACAUCAUACGUUGUGGUUAGUGCUUAGUUUGAGAAGAGUGUUUGAAUUAUUAAUUUAUUACUUUUAGGUAGUGAAUUAAAAUAUGUAUUUAUUUUCUCCUAAAAAAAUUUUGAAAGAUCGUUUUAAUUUCAUUAACAUUCUUUACAUUUACUUUUUAGAUUAUUUUGUUGUUUGUGCCCGGUUGCCUUAUAGGUUGUAGGUACAAGCUAAAACUUUAAUAUUUCCUUAUUUUGGAAUUUUCGGCUAGGCAGACUGAGGAGGCGGCAACUAUCGAUACUCUUACGUGAAAGUAAUUCUCAGUUCUAUUAGUACUUAAAAUAAAGUAAAUAUAAACGAAUAGUAAUAAUAAUAAUAAAAAGUUUAGCACUCAUGGUUUCGAAUAGUAAUAAUUAACAAAAACAAAAUUUAACAAAAGUAACGCUCAUGGUUCCAAGGUUGUGUAUAAUGUGGAUUUAUUUAUAAGGAAUACGAGUAAUUGUUGUCGAAAUUUAAACAUACAAAUUUAGGAAAUUUUGAUAAUGAUUUUUUUUUAAUUAAUAUAAGAACGGAAAUUUGUAUUAAAUACUUAAAAUUAUUAUACAAACUUCUAUAAAUAGAGUACUUCACUAUUUUUCUAUAUGUACGUAAUACUCCUUGUUAGUUUAAAUUCGAAUAAAUUUAAAAAGUUUUCAUCAUGUUUUAACUUCUUUUUUGAAUUUCAUGGUGAACGCGUGUGACGUCAACCAUCCAUUAGACGGCCUACAAAGUUACAACUGUAUUGAAUCUGAAUUAAUUUUUUCUUAGUAACCUAACUAGUAAAAUUGGCCGUAACCUAAAAUUACUUUAGAACAUAGUGCACAAAAUUCAAUUUUAUUUUUUCUGCCUAAUCGUUGGUAGCCUAAGGGGCCAACUACCCGCGAAAAGGCAAGUGAGCUCACGGGCUCAAUUUGAGAGAAUUGCUAACACUGACUCUCGCAAGAGCAGUGCUUCGCUGAAUCUACCACUGGAUCGGAAUCGCGCCCCACUAAUAAGAAUCUGAUGAGAAACUAAGUGGGUUGGUACGAGUUAAUGUAUUCAAUACAAUUCGCCCAAUAUAUUAAUAUAAAAGGAAUACAUAUUUCAUUAUCUCGAACUUCAAGAAUGUAAUACAUGACCCAUAAACACAACUAUUUCUGUUAAAUUUGAAUGGGUGGCGUGACGUCAUGCAUUGUGAUUUGUAUUUACAAAACCGGGUUUUAAAAAAAAACAAGAUACGUACGUUUGAUAUUUAAAUGAGUAAAAUGCACCCUUAGUUCAAUUUUAAAUCUAUCAGGUUCUAUAUAAAUAUUAAGUAUUUUUGUUAUGUUUCUGAAGUCUAGUGCCCAAUAAUGUAAAUCCUGGUUGAAUUAGGUAUUCAAUUUGAUAGUUUAAAAGAAAAGAGCAGAAAAUCCGCAUCGUUAUAACAAUUAUUCCGUCUGAUUAAAGAUAUAAAGCAAUGUCUAGGACCUAAGACACCUAGACUAGACUAACUAGACUAGUAUUUUCUUUUACCAUUUAUAUGUACCAUUAUGAAUUUUAUAUUAAAUUAUACAUUUUGUAAUGCGCCUUAGUAGAAUGCUAGAUUGUGACGAAUAAUAUUAAUAGAUACCAAAUAAAAUACAAAUAUUGAAAUAAAAACGGAAAUUUGCGCAACUUUGAAUAGGUAAUUAUUAUUGAAAGCAAUAAAUUAAGCAACCGACCAAAUUACAAUUCCCGUAAGUUAUAUGUAUAGAAUACAGAUACUAGGUUAUCCAAUAUAUGUACAAUAACUUAAGGAACAAUCACGAUUGGACUGGAUAAUUUAAGCCUUUUUUAUUUAAGCCUAGUUAAUAAUAUGUAAGUAUUAAUGUUAAGUGUGUAGUGAUUUAACAAUAAUUGCAUUACUGAAUACGAAUACAUCAGUUUGUAGAACUAUAAUGCAAAUAGCUACUCCAGGCAGCGGCUUGACUCUGCCCCUGGCAUUGCUGAAGUCCAUGGGCGACAGUAACCACUCACCAUCAGGUGGGCCGUGUGCUCGUCUGCCUACAAGGGCAAUUAAAAAAAUUACAAGUAUUCUCCGAAGUUUAGUGCAAUGUAUAAUUAUUAUUCUUACUAAGAUUUUUUUUACUACUUUUGAUUCUGGGUUUCGUUGUCCUUGAGAUAUGAGUUCAAAGUUAGCUUAUUAGAUGUCGAGUAUCUGUUAAAACGGAACCUAUAUUUGCUCGCACUAAAAAAAGGCAUUGUAGUCGUACCUAAUUAUGUGUUAUUUUCCAUCAAUACCUAAUUAUAUAAACAAAACUUCUAAAAAUAUUGAAAUAGAAGCAUAGAUUAUGCUGCUGAUAAUGAUGAUUGAUAGGGCCGGUUUCUCAAGCCAGAUAAGAUUUAUCAUUUAGAAUAUAAAUCUUGACUUGAUUGAGGUAGUGUAUUAUUUCGAUUGCUGCUUUCAGAACGAUUGCCUUACAUCCUUUAUAGAAAGAUGAGAAAUAUUACAAUCAAACGCACCAGGGUUGGUAUUAAACUUACCGUGUGAUGUCACAGCAUUCUCGUAAAUACCGUAUGUUGAACAUAAGAUUCAUAUUAUUGUAAACGGACAAUUUCAUUCAAAAUAAAGCUUUAAAAAUUA